AUGCUGACAGGGACAGAAAAGCAUCGAAAGGCUAAACUCCCCAGGGCAACACUGAAGGAGAAAAUAGAGGUGUUGAACUUCAUAUGCGGACCACCAAAGAAGUCGCAGCUUGAGGCCUUGGCCCAUUUUAGAGACCAGAAAAGGUUCGCCAUUUCUCAGGCUACUCUUUCUAAUUGGACCCUUAAAGAGAAACAAUUGCGUGAGGAGUUUAUUGAGAACCCGAACCUGGAAGAUUACCGGAAGAAGCCUGUUCUGAAACAUCCGGAAGUCACAAAGGCUGUUGAGAAGUAUGUUGAAAAAGCUUUUGAAGAAGGACAGACCAUCACUGACAACAUGAUCAAGCAAAUCUUUGUUAAAUACCUCAAAGAAUACGGAUAUUCUGAAUCAGACUUCAAAAUCAGUGGUGGUAUGCUUCAUUCAUUUAAGAAGAGAAACUUUAUCUCCGGUGGAAAGAUCGUCGAGGCUCCUAAGAGGCGCCGUUCCAGCAAUGGUACUGCUAUCAGUGCCGCAUCUACCAAUGAUGAGAGAUCUAAAGCGCUAGGAGGUGCUUCGCGUUCGCCGACUACUACUUCGUCCUCCUCGCCAUUUGCUACACCUGAUCAACCUGGGUAUGCCACCAAUAAUAAGCCUUCUCACUCAAUUGCUGGAUCGUCUUCGUUUCCCGGAAGUGAUCAGGAUCUAGACAUCAACUUUGACGAGAUUUUCAGUAACCCCAUCGUGGGUUUCAAUACUAGAUUAAUUCAUUCUGAUGAUAGCUUUCCUAAUAUGCCCUCCGCUCUUGGUUAUCAACAGGUGGGUGGUAUUGAUAGUCUCCUAGGUGCUUCUGCCUCUGUGGGAAGCACUGCAAACGUUGGAAGCAUUAACGUUGGAAUUCCUCCUAUGACUUUACCCCCUGCACAACCUGGCAACAUAUCUGGGCCCAACGGCUCCUCCAAGCCGCUGGACGGCCCAUCACACUCAUUUGCUACUCCUCUUUUUGGAAAUUUUAGGCAACCGGUGCAGCAGACUCAGCUCUUACGGAGAAAUCAUGUUAAUCAAACUUUAUUAAGACCAACUGGUCCCGAAGGCAUUUCAAGUACUCAAGCCCAGGUACAGAAAAAGCAGGGUGAAGAUCAGGAUCUGCCACAGCAGUCUCAGUCUCAGUCUCAGUCUCAACAGGAUCAACCUCAACUAGGCUUGAACGCUUCAAGGUUUAGUCAACCAUCCGUCGCUGUGAUGACCCGUAAUACAUCCGUUCUUGGGAGCAUUGAUGGCAAAGAUGAGAAUAAGGAUAUCGCUGUACAAACUCGCAAUGGAUUACCUUACUAUCCUACUUAUCAAUCGCCAAUGCAGUACCGAUCCAACGACUACCAACGUCAUCAAAGACCCUAUGUUCUUGAGAACUUUGCCUACUCAAAAUCCUCACAUCCCAACUCGGAGAAAGUCGAGAAAAUCCUCGAGACCAUCACGGAUGGCUACGUCACCAUCUACAAUUCGGGAACAUCGGCUAUCAUGGGCAUUCUUUCCUACUUGAACCCUCCCAUGGUUUGCAUUAACAAUUCUGGCUAUCAGGGUACCCACGAGGUAAUUAAAUUAUUGUCCAAACUCACAGGUUUGCAGAAAAAAGGACUCGAGGAGAUCGACCAAUUGGUGCCUAGAUCCGUUGUCUUGCUAGAAACCCCAAUGAAUCCAGAAGGAUAUCUUUUAGAUAUAGCCAAGUUUGCUCGCCAGGCUCACGAGAAGCAAGCCUUCAUGUUGGUUGAUUCCACGUUGGCUCCACCCCCUCUUCAGUUUCCAUUCACACAUGGAGCUGACUACAUCGUCUAUUCUGCCGUUAAAUAUUUGGCUGGUGUGUCAGAUUUAAGUGCAGGUUUUGUUGUUUCAAGGCAUAAGAAUGAAAAAUUGGGUAUGCAUAACGAAAGAUUUGCCUUAGGUACAAAUAUCGCCAAUUUUGACUCUUUCCUAUUGCUUCGAUCGUUGAGAACUUACAAGAUGAGAAUUUUGACGCAGUGUUCAAACACCAAGAAAGUGGUUCACUACAUGAGAAAGCAUCUGAAAAAGUAUGAGGAUGUAGUGACCAAACUACACCACUCCUCUCUUCAAACAAACAACGAUUGCUUCAAGAAACAGUUGAAUAGCUACUACAAUCCUGUGUUUGCGGUAGAGUUUAAAUACAGGCAGCUUGCCGAAACUGUGCUAACUAGAUUCAAUUUUCUAAGCAAUAACCCCAAUCUGGAAGGAGGUGAAACAUUGGUUGAGCUCACUUUCAAGAAUCCUAAUUUCAGGGAAACUCAAUCCGAUGAUGAAAAUAGGAGUAAUCUGUUGCGGUUUUCCAUUGGAUGUGAAGACUAUGCCGAUAUCAUUAGAGAUAUCGAUCAGGCUAUAAUGAGCGUAAUCAAGCCAAUUACUCUACCACCUCCACAAUGA